AGGGUGACUGAAGAGUUGAGGAGCUGCUUAUUGCAUUCCUGGUGAUUCAGGACAAUGUUCCGUGAACGCAUAUUCAUCAAUCACGGCACGAGUCACACUCAAUUGCCAGGGAAAUGGCUGAAGAUGCAAUAAAGGCGGAAUCUGAGACGGACAAGAAGAUUCUCCAUGUGUAUCCAUUAGUGAAGCACUCAGACAUGAAUGAAGAGAUGAGAACUGAAGCAAUCGAACUCUGUAUUACGGCUUGUGAGAAGUUUGCUCAGAAUUAUGAGCAAGCCGCCAAACUCAUUAAGGAGACAAUGGAUAAGAAAUUCGGAUCUUUCUGGCAUGUUGUUGUUGGUGAAGGAUUUGGCUUUGAGUUGUCUUAUGAAACCAAAAAUAUCCUGUAUCUCUUCUUUGGCGGAAAUCUUGCCAUAAUUCUCUGGAAGUGUUCUUAAAGUUUGUCCAAAAGCAAAAUAAAGUGCGUUAAGUAGUAAAAAUG